GUUUGCUAGUGGCGGAAACUGGCGGGGCACAAGUGGGAACAGCGUUAUUAUAUAGCCCAGGAGGCUUCUGAUCUUGGAUUUGCACUGGUUGCAUCACGCAGCCAUCGCAGCUCGCCAGGUACAUAUCUCCACCCCUCCUGCAUGACGCGGACCAAUCACACGAGUCUUAUUGCUAAGCAGUCCUGCCAGCGUCGCCUGGCGUGCCACGGGCCUCUUCUACAUUCUAGUACUCUCAUCCAGAACAUGUCCGCGAUCGCUCACACGCCUAUUGCCAACCCCACCGCGAAAAGGCUCGACGGGGCUUUAUCGGGGCUUUUCAGAUGGUCACGAUCGCCUCGCAAGUUUAAUUGCUCACUGCCCACAAUGAAGCCCACCCGGGGCAGUGGCCAGGUAGGCUCAGGACCAGCAAGGUAGCUUGGCUCACGAGACGGCCCGGCAUUUCCAGGUGGUGCCAAUCACUUGCCGGUGCCGAUCGGUGUAUGGCUGGAUAUACCGGUGUAAUGAUGCCGAUCUCGUGCCAACGGUUCUAACCGAGCCGGGGAUAUCGGCAUAUGCACGUCAUCUCGUAAAUAUGAUUGUCGAAACUGCGAGCGUGAGUUAUCGAGAUUGUGAGUGCAUUGACAAGUAUGCGCCGAUUGCAUGCAUCAUUCGAUGCAAUGAACACCUCUGUGGUGCUGUCUAGGCUGGCACUGUGAUGGCAUCAACGAGAUCGUCAGACGUGUAUCCUUAUCGUUUCACCACUGCGGCUCGUGAUGGUGCGGGGGAGUUUCUGGGCACUGAAAUUUCUUAGCAUUCGGCAAAAAAAAUCUCCUGGGGGUGAGUCGAACACCCGAUCUCAAGAUUACUUUGAGUUAACAUUACAGUCUCGCGCCUUAGC